AGUGAACGGUUGACGUUCCUCGUUCGAGCGUUUUUAAUUUUUUUGUGAAUAAAUGUUGAGUUUAUAACAAAAAAUCCCCAAAAUGAACUUAAAACUAUUAAUUUUUCAAAUAUUUUUGCUAAUUGGCGCACAUGCCAUCAGUGUCGAAGAGCUCUAUGAGUCGCACGAUCACUUGAGUGUCCUUCCCAAAGGCGACAGCUCUUACGAAUAUGUCAAGUUAAAUGUUCCUGUGCAUCUCUAUUCGGAGAAAUAUGACGUCGUCUAUAUCAACACAAACGGUCUCUUGUCAUUCCGAAGCGAAUACCCCCAAUUCGUGAAUGUUCCUUUCCCCUUGGAAGUUCCCGCGAUCGCGCCAUUUUACUCCAACGUUGAUACCUCAGCGUACAACGAUGCCUCCUUAGUCUCCUAUUACCAAACGCACGAUCCAAUUUUAUUGGGACGAGCUGAAACGCUUGUUCGCCAAAGCUUCAGCGAUGCUCUUGACUUCAAAGCUGAAUCUUUAUUCAUCGCUACAUGGAAAAAUGUUGGUCAUUACAACCAAAAGACCGAACAAACAAACACUUUUCAAGUAAUUCUGAUCUGCGGACAAGAAGAAACUUACACACAAUUUUUGUAUCCGCGCAACGGCAUCAAUUGGAUCCAAGGCGAAACCGGAGAUUCGGGAUUGCCCGACAUUCGAGCGCAAGCUGGUUUCGUUUCGGAGGAUUUGCGUCAUUAUUUGUUGAAAGAUUCGGGCUCCGAUAACAUUCGUCACAUCACCGAAGGUUCAAAUGUGAACAAUCCGGGCGAAUGGAUUUUCCGAACGGGUCCUCUUGGGCAAACUGACAACAUCACAGAACCCGAUCUCUUCAAAUUCAGCUAUGAAAAACGCGAGCCAACGUCUUGCGCGACAGGAGGCAACUUCAAAUGUCACUCGAUGGCAACGUGCAAAGACACAAAUACCGGAUUUUGUUGCGUUUGUCGCGAAAAUUAUUACGGCGAUGGCUUGAUUUGCAUCAAAAACGAUGCCCCGUUGAGAGUUUCGGGCACAAUUACGGGCUCCGUGGGCGGCGUGAAUAUCGGAAGUGUCGCUUUGCAAUCUUACGUCGUCAUGGCGGAAGGAAGAACGUACACAGCGUUGAGUCCUUUGGAUGAAAAUACCGGGUUAAAGUUGCAAUUGGCACAAACAAUCGGAAAUACCAUCGGAUGGCUUUUUGCGAAACCCACGAAACCCUCAAAGAACGGAUUUCAACUUACGGGCGGCAAAUUCAACAGUUCCAUCACUUUACGCUUCGAUGAGACCCAACAAACGUUCAAUAUUAAACAAACUUACACCGGAUUAAACGUUUGGGAUCAACUCGCGUCGGAAGUUGAGGUAUCGGGAGACUUGCCCGACAUUCCACGCGAUGCUAAAAUCACCAUUGACGACUUCACAGACGAGUUUACGUUGAACGGAGACAUGUUGAGUUCCGUUUCGCGUCACAAAUUGCAUGCUGGAGAGCAGGAAAUUAACUUUAGUGUCUUCCAAGAGAUCAAAUUCCAAAAGUGCAAAUAUGCCGACAGUGACGAUUCUGACGUACUUUCGAGCAAGUUGAAGAGCACCCGGAACACAAUUAACUACGAUUCACGCGAAAAAGCUGUCAGAAUUGGAGCUAUUAACAAAGUUGGUCAAACGAGUGGUCUCAAUCCGUGCGAAGAUGGGUCUUAUCGUUGCGGAGCGAAUACUGUUUGUGUCUCAAGUAGCGAAGAUAAUUACGAUUGUGUUUGUCAAAAUGGUUUUACCUAUCCGCGUGAUUCAGAUGAACGUGGUGUCACAGAUUGCGUCGAUAUUGAUGAAUGUAACAGCGGAUACAGCACUUGCAGUGAAAAUGCAAGAUGUAUUAACGAGUUGGGUAGCUUCCGUUGUGAAUGUUUGCCUGGAUUUGAUGGAAAUGGAUAUCAAUGUGAUCCUCUUGUACAUCGUCCUUCUCGUCCCCCGUAUCCAACAACUCGUCCCCGAUACGAACCUGAUUAUCCAGAUGUCACGCAACGUCGUCCCAAUGAGCAUUUGUACCCAGAUGAGACAGAAGAUCGACGCGAUCAGCCUUGUCAAGGGUGUUCUCCGCAUGCAGCGUGCGUUAAUGGUCAAUGUCGAUGCAAUUUUGGAUAUAAUGGAGAUGGGAUCACGUGUCAAUAUAAUUGUCCUUAUGAUUUGGUGUGGAAUGGAAAUAAUUGUGAACAGCUUUCACAACCAGAGGAGUUCGAAACAGAGCCUUAUUGCACGAUAACUGGAUGCGAAUGUCCCGCUGGAUAUCAAUUAAUCGAUUUAGGAACACGUGAAGUGUGUCACUUGGAAGACUCAGACUCGGAUGAUCAGUCAAAUCAAGGAGUUGCAUGCGAUAUUGAGAAUAAUUGCAGUGCCUAUGCCAGUUGUCAAUGGAAUGACAUCAGUUCAAAAUACGAAUGCAUCUGCAACCCUGGAUAUCAUGGCGACGGAAUUGACUGCCGUGAAAAGGAAGUUUCUUGCGUUGAACAUGAUUCGUGCGAUGAACAUGCUCAAUGUGUUUACAACGAAAAGCUUCGUACUUCGACUUGUGUCUGUGAUCAAGGUUAUGAAGGGGAUGGAAAGUAUUGCCAUGUGAUGGCGGAAUGCAAUUCAAAUGAAGAUUGCGGGCAUAAUUCUCAUUGCAGCGAUGGAAUUUGUAUUUGUGAUGCUGGAUUUGAACGGGAUUUGUCAGAUUUCUGCGUCAAAACUGGCUCAUGCGACGGAGCAUAUUGUGCCGAAAACGCCAUUUGCAAAUGGGAUCCAACUGAAAAAGUGAAGUAUUGUCAUUGUCCCGAAGGAUUCGUCGGCGAUGGAAUUCGCACUUGCAAAUCAAUUCCUCCUCCAUGCAACGUACGGAACAACUGCGGGCUAUAUGCAAGUUGCGUACCAAACGAACGGCACCAAUACGAAUGUCGCUGCGACACAGGCUACGAUGGCGAUGGCUUCGUUUGCAACCCCGAACGUAAUUGUCGUAACUAUCCGGAAAUCUGUGAUCGUAAUGCCGAUUGUGAGUCUUACGGAGCAACAUGGCGCUGCGUUUGUCGCAAUGGCUUUUUAGGAAACGGCUCGAAAUGCAACGAAGUCGUUCGCGUCGAAAAAGGCUUCUUAUUCUACAGUCAAGGCGUCGCUUUGGUGCGCAUUCCCUUCAAUGGGCGUCAAGGAUUGCCCGUUGCAAUCACGAAAAUGGCAAUUGGCGUCGACAAAGAUUGCGCCGAGGGACGUCUUUACUACAGCGACAUCACGGGAAAGAGCCUUUCGAGCGUCGGAUAUGACGGAUUAGCGCCCAAAGUGUUCCUGAACGAAGAUAUUGUCUCGCCUGAGGGAGUUGCUGUUGACUGGAUCUCACGUAGAAUUUAUUGGACAGACUCGGGAAAGGAUACUAUCGAAGUUGCAAGUCUCGAUGAUGCUUCAAAACGCGCAGUUUUGGUCAACAAGAAUCUUGUGAACCCCCGAGGAAUUGCUGUUGAUCCCGGAAAGUAUCUCUUUUGGAGCGAUUGGGAUCGCGAUGGUCCAAAAAUCGAAUAUUCCAACUUGGAUGGCACAAAUCGACAAGUUUUAUUGAAAAGUCCUGACGUAAUUUUACCAAAUUCGUUGGUAAUUUCACCAACUACGGGCGAAUUAUGUUGGGCGGAUGCGGGAACGAAACGAAUUGAUUGCGUCGAUGUUUAUUCGAAAGUUCCGCGAAAUGUCGCGAAAAAUUUAUCAUAUCCAUUUGGGUUGGCAGCUACUGACGAACACUUUUAUUGGACCGAUUGGACAACGAAGAAAAUUGAAGCAAUCGAUUUGUAUGGAAAUCGUUUGCAAGGCUUUAAUAGUCCCAUUUUUGGAAGUCACAAGAUGUAUGGAGCAGUUGCUGUGACCGAAAGAUGCGAACAUUAUCACACGCCAUGCACGAGAAUCCCCAAUGGAGGUUGUCCCGACGACAGAAUUUGUCUUACGAAUCAUUUCGCGCCUUCCGGCAUUAGUUGUAAGUGUAUCGACAAUAAGGUGUGCAACGAAGCAGCAGGCGAUUACAUUAUUUAAGGGUUUUUUCACGCAUUUUUAGCUUUUAAUCGUAAGACAAACAAGAGAUUUUUUCAUGAAACAAUAAAUUACGUGUGGAUUUUUGACAAAAUUUUCAACUUUUAAACGAGAA